AUGACCUUCGGGGGCCACUUUCUUCCUCCCAAUCAAAUUCACCGCUUCGCUUCUGUGUGUGAGUGGCAGCUCGCCAAUCCAGACUCCGCCGCGUUGAACGAAGACCCGAUCAAGACCGUGCGGAUGUAUCUGUUGCUUACCGCAAAGCAUCUACGCAAUAAGAGAAAUAAAAAGGAGGAUUGGGCGGAGGAGUUCGGAGGGGAACAAAUCGUCCGUCUGUUUGACCAGACGCUCGAGCGUAUCGAUCCACGCUUGACCAGAAAUUGUGUUCUGAAGCCCUUCUCGCGCCGUGGAAGCAAGAGAUAA